UUACUUCAUUAGACAGCUGAUGAUCAGAAAACAAAAGAUAAAACAUCUGCUGAUGGCUGAUACGCAUGAGCAGUGCAGUUCGUUUCCGGAACUGCAGGUGGCGCUGACUCACGCAGGGAGCUUUGACGGAAAGAAGAAGAAGAAACCCUGUACACGGAAGUUCCCCUGAACUUUGUGCAUGUCAGAGAUCUUCUCCUUCAGAGAUCUUCACCUCUGUGUUUAAAUCCUGGUUUUCCGGCGGCGGUGGGUGACAGCGGGAUGGCGGUGAGAGCUGUGGCGGUGUGCGGGAGAGCCCUGGCCGGCGGUGAGCUGGAAUGAGCGCACGGUACAUCCGCGGAGCUCAGCGGUCAAUGGACUCCAGGAGCUGAGGUGCAGCUGUUUUGACAGCUGGGUCGAGCCUCCAGUACCUGGACUGAGACGGAGAGACAGCAGAGAGGUUUUUAUUUUCCUCCAGAGACAUUGAGCUUCGUCUGUCAAGUUGCUUUCAAGGCGCCAUUAGAGGAAGAGAAGAGAAGAAGCUACCCACCGACCUGUGGCCAUGGCUUCUCCUCGGCUGAAGUACCUGUCUCUGGGCGUGCUGGUGUUCCAGACCACCUCCCUGGUGCUCACCAUGCGGUACUCCCGCACCCUGCAGGCGGAGGGCCCGCGGUACCUGGCCUCCUCCGCUGUGGUGGCGGCCGAGGUCAUGAAGAUCAUCGCCUGUGUGCUGCUGGUCUUCAAGGAGCACAAUUACAGCUUACGAGCUCUGAACAGCAUCCUGCGCCAGGAAAUCAUCCAAAAACCCAUAGAGACGCUGAAGCUGGCGAUCCCCUCAGGGAUCUACACACUGCAGAACAACCUGCUGUACGUCGCCCUGUCAAACCUCGACGCUGCCACAUACCAGGUGACGUACCAGCUGAAGAUCUUGACCACGGCUCUGUUCUCAGUGUCCAUGCUGGGCCGCAGGCUGGGCAUCUACCAGUGGCUCUCUUUACUCAUUCUUAUGGCAGGAGUGGCUUUCGUGCAGUGGCCCUCUGACUCUCCUGCUGAUAAUACAGAGAAGGCAGCGCUGUCCACAGGCUCCCAGUUUAUUGGUGUGGCAGCCGUCCUGGUGGCGUGCUGCUCCAGUGGCUUCGCUGGCGUCUACUUUGAGAAGAUUCUGAAGGAGAGCAAACAGAGCGUGUGGGUCCGCAACAUCCAGCUAGGGAUGUUUGGUCUUGUGUUUGGCCUCUUUGGGAUGAUGGCCUACGACGGUGAGAGGGUGAAGGAGUCAGGAAUGUUCCAGGGCUACAAUAAAGUCACCUGGGCUGUUGUUGCGCUGCAGGCCCUGGGAGGUCUGGUCAUAGCCGCGGUCAUCAAGUAUGCAGACAACAUCCUCAAGGGCUUUGCUACGUCGCUCUCCAUCAUCCUGUCGACUCUCAUAUCGUACUUCUGGCUGCAGGACUUCGACCCCACUGGCGUGUUCUUCCUAGGGGCCAUUUUGGUCAUCAUGGCCACUUUCCUGUAUGGCUACGAGGGCAAGUCAUCCCCCAACCCCAGCAGGGCAUAGUAGGACAUUCACGGCUGACACCACAGCAGCAGCGGGAGGUCCUGUUGAAGCGUGAAGACGAGGAGGGGAAAAGAGGACAGGGAUUUAAAAAAA